AUGGUUCACUUAGGCCCUAAACCCCCAGCUGCCAGAAAGGGCUCCAUGACGGAUGUCCCAAAGGAAUUGAUGGACCGCAUCGACCACUACCGCGAGAUCUUCACUGUGUCGCCAGAGCAGAUGCGCGAGAUCUCCGACCACUUUGCUGCCGAGUUGGCCAAGGGCUUGUCGAAGGAAGGUGGAAACGUGCCAAUGAACCCAGGCUGGGUCUUGGACUUUCCUACCGGCAAGGAGACCGGCGACUACCUUGCCAUCGACCUUGGUGGCACCAACUUGCGGGUGGUGCUUGUUAAGUUGGGCGGCAACCGCGACUUCGAUUCAACCCAGUCCAAGUACGCGUUGCCAGACAACAUUAGAACCGCGUCCGCUGAUGAAUUGUGGAACUUCAUCGCCGACUGCUUGAAGAAGUUUGUGGAUGAAGAGUUCCCCCACGGCGUGGAGGACGGCAAGCUCUUGCCGUUGGGCUUCACCUUCUCCUACCCCGCCACGCAGCACGCUAUCAACGUGGGGAUCUUGCAGAGAUGGACCAAGGGGUUUGAUAUUGCCAACGUCGAAGGGCACGAUGUGGUGCCAAUGUUGCAGGCGGCAAUUGAAAAGCGCAGCAUCCCAAUCAAGAUUGUUGCUGUAAUCAACGACACCACUGGGACUUUGGUUGCGUCCGCCUAUGCCGACCCUGAGGCCAGGAUGGGCUUGAUCUUCGGGACGGGGUGCAACGGUGCCUACUACGAUGUCUGUGGUGACAUUCCCAAGUUGGAGGGCUGCUUGCCGGAUGAUGUUUCGCCUGAGACCCCGAUGGCGAUCAACUGCGAGUACGGUUCGUUCGACAAUGAACACAAGGUGUUGCCAAGAACGAAUAUUGACGUCCAGAUCGACGCAGAGUCGCCAAGACCUGGCCAGCAGGCGUUUGAGAAGAUGAUUUCCGGCUACUACUUGGGCGAGGUAUUGCGCUUGGCGCUCGUGGAGGUUUGCGAGAUGGGUUUGAUCUUUGAGAACCAAAACUUGGAGAAGUUGCGCCUGCCGUUCUACUUGGACGCGUCGUAUCCGUCCCGGGUCGAGCAGGAUCCGUUUGAGAACUUGAGUGACACUGAGGACUUGUUCAAGAACGAGUUAGGAAUUUCCACGACCGAGCCAGAGAGAAAGUUGAUCAGGGCUGUAUCGGAGAUGAUCGGUACUAGAGCUGCAAGAUUGGCUGUCUGUGGGAUUGCCGGGAUCUGCAAGAAGAGAGGCUACACUACUGCGCACUGUGCCGCUGACGGCUCGGUCUAUGAAAAGUACCCUGGGUUCAAGGAGAGAGCUGCUAAGGGGCUUAGAGAUAUUUUCCAGUGGGAGACUGCGGAGGACCCGAUUGUGAUUGUCGCGGCCGAGGAUGGUUCCGGUGCUGGUGCCGCCAUCAUUGCCGCGUUGACCGAGAAGAGAUUGGCCGUGGGGAAGUCUGUGGGGGCGAGAAAGUAG